UUAGUACAGUCCUUGUAGAGCUCAAAUAUACUAUGAUCGGUAAUGAUAUUUUGAUACUGUUCGGUAUAUCAAUAUUAUCAAUAUUAGGUUUGAGUAUUAUGCAGAAUUAUAAAAAAAAUAACAUUGACUUAUGUAUAUGAGGCUCUCCGAGGAGACUAUUCGUUGGAUCUUGGAUCUUAUUGUACUACUGCAUAGUACUGUGACUAUAUUUGAGUCGGAAAACCAAAAAAGGGGAAAUCAGAAGAAGUAGAAGAAGAAGACUUGUGUAUAUGUGAAUUCUGAGUUGAAUAUAUUCUUAUUGUUUUUAGCGAUAUUAUAAAUGACGUGAUUUUUAAUAGAACAAGAAAUUCGAAUUAUUUUAACGUGAGAAUUGUUUAUAAGAUAAGAAUUUUAAGGUGCCGCAAAUGUUGUACAGGACUAGUUACAGCCUCUCAAGCAAAUCCAUAAAUUGGGUAAAGAUUCAAUUAGAAAACAUUUAUCGCAGAACUAGUUCAGUCGCAAUGCAUCCUACGACUGACUCUGAAGUAAAUUCUGGUGAUGUAAAUACUAUGCAUGGGACUAAGAGAUCCAUAGAUGAUGGCAAUGAAAAUGAAGCCAAGGUGCAAAAGACAGAAGAAGAAACAGUACAAGUGACAACAGUACAAGCAACAGAAACGGUACAAAGAAUCAAGAGAAAAAAUCAUGCUAUGUUACUAGGCUAUGUUGGUAAAGAUUAUUACGGUAUGCAAAGAAAUCCUGGUAUGAAAACUAUUGAGGAAGAUUUAAUUAUUGCCUUACUAAAGGCAGACUUGAUAACUAAGGAACAAUUUGAGAAUACACGUGCAAUUAAUUUUCAAAGGGCUGCACGUACGGACAAAGGAGUAUCAGCAAUUAGGCAAAUUGUUUCACUGAAACUACCGGAGAAUAGUAAUAAGACAGUAAUAAAUCAAUUCUUACCUGAUGCUAUCAGAGUAUUUGGUAUAAAACGUGUGACAAAGGGUUUCAACAGCAAAAAUCAAUGUGAUGCACGUACUUAUAGAUAUGUCAUUCCUUCCUAUGCAUUUGCAUUAGAAGAUCAAAGUUUGUUAAAACUUGGAGAGGAAGUUGAUGAAGAUGAAAGAAUUAAACAGUUAUCAAUUAUUGAUGGAAAGCCAUACACUGAUUAUAGAUUAUCUCCAGAAUCUUUAGAUAGAUUAAAUUCGAUUUUGAAACUUUUCGAAGGUUCUCAUAACUUUCAUAACUUCACGUCAAAAGUGAAACCCUUAGAUCCACGCGCGCGACGCUAUAUAAUUAGUUUCUGUUGUACGGAAACAUUCGUUUUAAAUGAUAUAGAAUUAGCGGUAUUGGAAAUUAAAGGGCAAAGCUUCAUGUUGCAUCAAAUCCGAAAAAUGGUCGCAAUUGUAAUUGCGAUUGCAAGGAACAUGAUAUCCAAAGAGACAAUUGAUGAAGCAUUCAAGACAAUGGACAAGAUGGACUUACCACUUGCACCUAGUUUAGGAUUGUGUCUAUGUCAUGUACAUUAUGAUAAUUAUAGUAAAAGAUAUGGUACAGACGGUCUCCAUGAAACGUUAGAUUGGAAGGAGUGUGAAGAAGAAGUAGAAAAGUUUCAGAAAACAUAUAUUUUGCAACACAUGAUAGACACCGAAAUUUCAGAACAAACGACCUUAAAAUGGCUGACAAGCCUCCCUUUUUAUUCUUUUAGUAACAGAGAGAUGCUACCUGUGGAGGAUGAUGAAAAACAAGAAGCCAUGCAUAAUGAUAUAACCGAGCGCCGAGAUAUAAAGAGGCAUAGACUGCAAUUACUGAUAUUUUGCACGGUGUAUUUUACCAUGCGGAUUUUUCAAUGGAUAUCUACACUACUAAUAGUUGUUUAUGUGUGUAUUGGUUCUGGAUAUGCACAAACUUAUGAAUGUGGAUCAGACAGAUUUCGAUGCUACAAUGGAGACUGUAUAGCUGGCGACUUAUUGUGCGACGGCACACCACACUGUAGGGAUUUGUCUGAUGAGACAGAGACAGAAUGUACAAAGCCAGAGAUUCUGUGUCAUAGGUAUGCCUUUCGUUGCAACUACGGUGCCUGUGUAAAUGGAGAUUCCGUAUGUAAUGGUGUCCAAGAUUGCAUUGACAACAGUGACGAAACGCAGCCUCAGUGCGCAAAAAAUAUAACAAACAAUCAAACAGGAAGACCUACAAGUAGACCUAUAAGCAGACCUAAUAGAUGUACCACAAAUCAAGUUGCAUGCGAUAACGGCGAAUGUAUUCAUAAGGACAAUAUGUGUAAUGGAAUUCAAGAUUGUGCGGAUGGUUCUGACGAAACUUCUGAAAAAUGCAGAUCAAUCUAUUGUCCUCCGACAGCUUUCCGUUGUUCUUAUGGAGCUUGUAUCAAUGGUGAUCUACGAUGUAACGGAGUAAUUGAAUGCGUCGAUAGAUCAGAUGAAGAUUCGAGAUGCAGCGAAACUACAGGGUGGCCAUCACCUUUACCAACGGUACGACCAACAACGGAAACAACACGAUGGCCUGUACCGACUCCAACACCAACACGAUGGCCCGUACCGACUCCAACACCAACAAACGCUUGUAGAGCACCUCCACAACCACAGAAUGGUCGUUGGAAAUUACAUCGAUCACAAUGUUCAGGUGGACAAGAAUGUAACGUUCCAGAAGGAACGGAACUGGGAUUAGGAUCUCAUCUCAUCUACUCUUGCAAUUCGGGAUAUAAAUUAAGAGGUCCAACUGACGUGAGCUGCAGUUUUGAGGGAAAAUGGCUUAAUAUACCAGUUUGCACAGAAAUACGCUGCAAAGCUUUGACUACAGCAUCAAUCGAAGCUAGAUGUACAUACGAUGAUGAAUGGAUAUCUUGUGAAUCUCCAGUUCCACCAAGAACAAAAGCGGUAUUAGAAUGUCAAAAUAGUUAUCGACCUGAAACUAAUCUAUUAACUGGACAAAGAAAAAAUGUGAGAUGUAAUGCAAAUGGUCAAUGGGAACCAGAACCUAUGCGAUGCAUUCCAGUAUGCGGCACUCUUCCUCCCGACGUUACACCGACUGUUGUAGGCGGUGUACGGCCGAAUAUCACGGAAUUUCCGUGGCACGCUACGAUGUAUCGCGAUGUACCAGGCGAGUCAAAGAAAUUCUUCUGUGGAGCGAGCAUUAUUCAACCGAAUCUCUUGAUAACGGCAGCGCAUUGUGUAUAUGAUGAGAUCAAUAGGCAACCGAUUAAUGCCAGAUCAAUUUAUAUAUUAACGGGAAAUAUCUUUCGUGAUUACGAUUAUCCUUUUCAUAAUCCAACCCUCGUUAAAAAGAAUCAGGUGAAACAUGUUUACAUCGUACGUAAUUAUCUAGGACUUAUAGGAAAUUAUCUCUGGGAUAUCGCAGUAUUAGAACUCGAUAGACCAUUUGUAUUGUCAACUUGGUUGGUUCCCGUAUGUAUAGAUACUUUAAGCGAUAGAAGUGUAUUAGAAGCAGGCUCUUAUGGAAAGGUAGCAGGAUUUGGUAGAACCGCACUCGGUGAAUCUAGCGCAAUUUUACAGGCUUUAACAGUACCUGUAAUUCCACUCAGCCAAUGCAGAUCCGCUAGUCAAAAUGCUAAUACAGAACAAUUUAUUACCAAUGAUAAAUUUUGCGCAGGUUACACAAAUGGUUCUUCUGUUUGCGAUGGUGAUAGUGGUGGCGGAUUAGUCUUUAAAACUAAUAGUUUGUGGUAUCUUCGAGGUAUUGUUAGUGUUUCCCUCGGCACGAUACAAAAGGAUGGAACUGCUUAUUGUGACAAUAACUUGUAUUCCUUAUAUACAGAAAUAUCCAGGCAUAUUUCAUGGAUACAAGAUGUAAUUACAAAAAUAGAACAAAAUCAGAUACAUAUAUUAUGUUCAAAUGAAUCUCAAACGAGAUGUUCCUAAAUUUAUUAAUGAUACCAUCAGUUAUUAUGUGCAAUUAUUGAAAAAAGCAUUUGUCUUGUGCCAUGUAAGUCUAAACUAUUGAUAAAUCUAUAUUGUUUGUCUAAAUGCAUAAUCAUGUGAAGAGAGUUGCACCUCUGUUGAAUGGAAUAAUUAAAAACUUAAGAAAUAA